CUGGGCUUGUGUUUCCGGAUAGAGAUAGGCAGAUAGCGUAGAUCUAGAGAAAGAUAGAAACGUCGCUCUUUCAGCAGCCGACCGGGAGGAGAUGGCUUUGAGGCACCUUCUCAAGCAGGUCUCGAGGCAGCAAUUAAACAGUUUGUUUCCUAGAUAUCGCUCCACUUUACAGGGGGUUGGAGGGAAUAGACUUUCAGGUAUUCAAGACAGGUUUCACUCAAGUUAUGUUGGAAGUAGAGCUCGCAGAGUACUUGAUACAGAUGGAUCAAGUGAUGUUGCUUAUCUCAAGGAGCUUUAUCGUAGAAAUGAUCCUGAAGCUGUGAUAAGGCUGUUUGAACGUCAACCUUCACUGCACUCUAACAUAUCAGCACUUGCUGAAUAUGUUAAAGCAUUGGUCAAAGUUGAUAGGUUGGAAGAAAUUGAGUUGCUCAGGAUAUUACAGAGAGCAACUGCAGGUGCUGCUAACUCACAACUGGAGGAAGAAAAUGUUAAUAGCCUUUCAACUUUUAGGAAUGUGGGAAGAGCUGCAGAAGAUGGUGUACUUGGAACCGCUAAUGCACCCAUACAUAUGGUGGCUGUGGAAGGAGGGCAUUUCAAGGAACAGUUGUGGCGCACAUUCCGUACCCUUGGCAUGGCCUUUGUAUUGAUAUCUGCUGUUGCGGCACUCGUUGAGGAUAGAGGAAUUAGCAAAGGUCUGGGUCUAAAUGAAGAGGUGCAACCCAUCAUGGAAUCUAAUACAAAAUUUAGUGAUGUAAAGGGUGUUGAUGAGGCAAAAGCUGAGUUAGAAGAAAUUGUUCACUAUCUCCGGGACCCUAAGUGGUUCACUCGUCUUGGUGGCAAGCUUCCUAAAGGUGUUCUGCUCAUUGGUCCGCCUGGCACUGGCAAGACUAUGUUAGCAAGGGCUAUAGCUGGAGAAGCUGGAGUGCCUUUUUUCUCAUGCAGUGGCAGUGAGUUUGAGGAAAUGUUUGUGGGUGUUGGAGCUCGUAGGGUGAGAGAUCUGUUUGCUGCUGCAAAAAAGCGGUCACCUUGUAUUAUAUUCAUUGAUGAGAUAGAUGCCAUAGGAGGAAGCCGGAACCCAAAGGACCAGCAGUACAUGAAGAUGACCUUAAAUCAGUUGCUCGUUGAACUUGAUGGUUUCAAACAAAAUGAUGGGAUCAUUGUGAUUGCUGCAACUAAUUUCCCAGAAUCAUUGGAUAAGGCCCUGGUGAGACCUGGAAGGUUUGACCUUCACAUUGUUGUACCAAAUCCAGAUGUUGAAGGCCGGAGGCAGAUUUUGGAAUCGCAUAUGUCAAAGGUUCUCAAGGCAGAUGACGUUGACACAAUAGUCAUUGCCAGAGGAACUCCCGGCUUCUCUGGUGCAGAUCUUGCAAACUUGGUCAACAGUGCAGCUCUAAAGGCUGCAAUGGAUGGUGCUAAAGCCGUCUCUAUGGCUGAUCUUGAGUAUGCAAAGGACAAGAUCAUGAUGGGAAGUGAACGGAAAUCAGCUGUUAUAUCUGACGAGUCACGGAAGCUGACUGCAUUCCACGAAAGUGGUCAUGCCCUUGUGGCCAUUCAUACUGAUGGGGCUCUUCCAGUUCACAAGGCAACUAUUGUACCACGUGGGAUGGCUCUCGGCAUGGUUUCGCAAUUGCCUGACAAGGAUGAGGCAAGUAUGACUUAUAAACAGAUGGUUGCUCGGCUUGAUGUUUGCAUGGGUGGUCGAGUGGCAGAGGAGCUGAUCUUUGGAGAAAAUGAAGUCACUUCAGGUGCACAAUCUGAUCUCGAGGCUGCAACUGAACUUGCCACAGACAUGGUUACAAAGUAUGGCAUGGGCAAACGAGUUGGGUUAGCUACUCACAAUUAUGAUGAUGGGAAGAGCAUGAGUACUGAGACUAGGCUUCUAAUUGAGAAAGAAGUGAGAGAAUUGUUGGAAAGGGCUUACAACAAUGCUAAAACCAUUCUCACCACCCAUAGUAAGGAGCUCCAUGCUCUUGCUAAUGCUUUGCUUGAGCAUGAGACCCUGAGUGGCAGUCAAAUCAAGGCUCUACUUGCUCAACUCAACUCUCAGCAGCUGCCCCAACAACAGCAGCAAAUAGUUGCACAACCGAGCAACGCCGUGCCACCUUCAGCACCCAAUGCAGCGGCUUCUGCUGCAGCUGCAGCAGCGGCAGCUGCUGCCGCUGCAACUGCUGCAGCCAAGUCAAAAGGAGUUGCCCCUGUGGGAUCUUAGUGUUGUUGAUAUUGGUAAGAUUCAAGCAGCUACUUUUAAUGUCCAAUAUGCAUAUACUUAUUUUACAUGCAGGCACCUAGUCUUUGAGUUUCAACUGCCAAUGGAGUUCUUAUUCUGUAUCAUACAAAUUCAAUAGAAGGAAGUCAUGGAAGGCCAGUGGCAGGAACAUGACUCGUCAAAUUUAGCAGUAAUAUUUCAAGUCCGCGUGACAAUAUUUAGUGCCCCAUUUUAAUUUGCUUUGGCCAUAGAACUGUCUAUACUUGGUUUGGCUGGCUUCUUUUCUGGUCUGCCUUUUUGUUGACAUGAGCCUUUCUUCUUUUGCCAUCCAGUUCCACAUUAGUGUUAAAAUAUUUAGACAGAUUCGUUUGUGUCUUUCAACUCUUCUUGCUAUUCUAUUGCAGUUUCUUUAAGUUUUCCUGCAAGAAGGUUGGGUACCUACCAACUAUUUGUACAGCAAAUACCAUGAGAUUCCCUGAGUUGAAAGAGAUGGUUCAGAUCUUGUUAUAUGUGGCAGCUGGGUUAACCUUCUCUCACAUUGGAUGCCCUGUCAUGUUGCAAGGAGGGGUGGAGUGGAAGUGGCCCCUUUACACUGCAUCUCAAAUCAAACUUGCUAUAUCUCAAUCAACAUAUAUGGGUAGGUAAACAACGCAAAUCAUAAGCAGCAGCUGGGCAGUUAGUUUUAGUAGAAACGAUGAAGUUAUUUGUUUGAUUGGAAAGUUAUUGAGUUGUGAAAAUAAUUUAUUUAUUUAUAAAUUUAAAGCAGGGCAAAUUAUCAGAAAUAAAGAAAGAAAACUUAAUUUUGUUA